CCAUGAGUUCUUCAGUUGAAGACUGUAAAGAGAACAGAGAGGUUUGUUACCAAGAUUUUGGAAUGGAAGAAGAGGAUGAAGAUUUAUUUGAGAUUGACCUGGAGGCAGUGAACUGCAUUCCACCACCACCAAGUUAUUGGGAAAGCUGCUUCACUUCCACAGGGAAUGUUGCACUUUUGGCAAAUUGUUUGAUGCCAAUUUCCCACAUCUCUAGUGCUAUUCCAGCAGUAUCUUUUGACAGUGUUGUGCUCAUUCCAGAGCCAAUAUCGUUGGGGGAAUAUCUUAGGCUACCAUUUUUGGGAGGUUUUGGGUUCAUUGAUCAUGAGAAAAUGAAAGCACGAUUUCAGUUCCAGUUUCAGCGUUAGUGACUUCAAUUUCUGCGUUUAUGUUCUGCAGCUAGUGGCUUCUCUUUCUCUUAUGAUCAGUUAUCAAGUAGUAAUUGGUUACUUCCAUUUUUUUUACCUUUACAAAUUAAUCACUUUGUACCACGUUUUUCUAUUGGCAAAGAAAGGAAAUUUUAUUCCAUUAUC